AUGAAGUACGUUGCUGCAUAUGCCUUGCUUGUUUUAGGAGGAACCAACCAACCCACUGUGGAUUAAGUUACUUAAUUGCUCAAAGAAGCUGGAGUCGAGCCAGUUGCUGCAGAUGUCAAAUUAGUUGUCGAUGCAUUAAAAGGAAAGACCUUGGCUGAUGUUAUUAAGGAAGGUUCAAAAUCACUAACAAGUUUGUCAGUUGGAGGAGGAGCUUCAUAAAGCUCAGCCCCAGUUGCCUAAGCAGCUCAAACACAAAAGGCUGAAGCACCAAAGGCUGCUGAAGCACCAAAGAAAGCUGAAGAACCCGAAGAAGAUGUUGAUAUGGGAGGUCUCUUUGAUUGAGCAUUUAUUAAGUUUCAUAUAGUACAAUAAUAAAUCAAUAAUAAUAAUAAAUUAA